AUGGUAAAAUUCUUCUGGUCUUUCAUUACAAUAUUUUUGAUUUUAAAAUUUACAAUUUCUGCUCAUAAUGGUGAAGAACAUACAAAAUAUUAUUCAAAUGAAUGGGUGAUAAGAUUAGAAGGGGGCCAAGAUGUAGCAGAAUUAAUAUCAGCUAAAUUGGGUUAUAAAUUAUUGGGAAAGGUUACAGGAUUUAAUGAUACUUACAGAAUCAUAAAAGAAGACAUUUUCAUUCAAAAAAAAAGAAAUCAUGCGCUACUUACAGAAACCCUUGAAAAAGACUCAAGAGUAAUUUGGGCCGAACAACAAUUCACUAAAGAACGCGUUAAACGAGGAUUUUUAUACGAUAACUCUCUGAGUACAGUGUAUAAUGAAAAUAAUGAAAAAUUAACGCGACAAUCAAUUUUAAACUUAUUGAAAGAAAAAAAUAUAUCAUACAAUCAAGAAAAAAUUUUAUUUAGGCCAUCUGAUGUUAGCAUGCGAUACGCCAGCUACGAUAGAUUUAAUGAUGAACUUUGGAACCAACAGUGGUAUUUGCAAGAUACAAGAACACAAUCAAAUUUGCCAAAAUUAGAUCUUCAUGUUCUUCCUGUUUACGACCUCGGCAUCACAGGCAAAGGAGUAAGAGUUCUUAUAUUGGACGACGGUAUAGAAUAUACUCAUGAAGAUCUGUGGGAAAACUAUGAUCCCGAAAUCAGCUACGAUGCUAAUGAUGAGGAUGAUGACCCUUUUCCAAGAUUAGACGAAGAAGGAAGUAACGCUCACGGUACUCGUUGCGCCGGAGAAGUAGCCAUGAAAGCCAACAAUCUAAAAUGCGGUGUAGGUGUUGCUUUCAACGCAAGAGUGGGAGCUUUGCGAUUAUUAGAUGGAGAAGUUAAUGACAGAAUCGAAGGUAUAGCCUUGGGUUAUGCUUAUGACAAGGUAGAUAUAUAUAGUGCUUCGUGGGGUCCGACGGACGAUGGAAAAACUGUUGAAGGACCUGGAAGAUUGGCUAAAGAGGCUAUUGAACGAGGAGUGACGGAAGGACGAAAUGGAAAAGGAGUAAUUUAUGUUUGGGCUGGAGGAAAUGGAGGAAGUAAAGACGAUAAUUGCGAUUGCGACGGAUACAUUGGAAGUAUAUAUACAUUGUCAAUCGGAAGUGCUUCACAACAUGGACAAUUUCCUUGGUAUGGAGAAAAAUGUGCUGCUACUAUGGCUGCUACAUAUUCUAGUGGAGCGUAUGCAGAUCAAAUGAUAGCUACGACUGAUGUAGGCAAUACGUGUACAAUUAAACACACGGGUACUUCAGCAUCGGCACCACUCGCGGCAGGCAUCAUAGCUCUUGCCUUAGAAGCAAACUCAGAUUUAACAUGGAGGGAUAUUCAGCAUUUGGUAGCAUGGACAUCAGAAUACAGUCCGUUAAGUGAAAACGAAGGAUGGGUUAUGAAUGCAGCUGGAUUUUGGGUGAACACGAGAUUUGGUUUCGGUCUUAUGAAUGCUUAUAGCUUAGUUGCAGCAGCCAUUAACUGGACAAAUGUACCGGAAAAAUAUUCAUGUUCAAUUGAAGCUGGAAAAAAAAGCGAAGAAAUUUACUGGGGUAAAGAUGUAAAUUUGGAAAUAAAUGCAACCGUUUGCGAUUAUGUUUACUAUUUAGAACACGUUGAAUUGGAAAUUAAUAUAGAAUAUCCAGUUAGAGGAAAUUUGGAAAUUUUUUUGGAAUCUCCAUCAGGAACAAAUAUUCAGUUGCUGGGGAGAAGAAAAAACGAUAGUUCAAAAAGAGGUUUUAAAAAUUGGAAACUUAUGUCGGUAUUGACAUGGAAUGAAAAUCCACGUGGAAUUUGGAAAGUUACUGUCACUGAUAAAAUUGGGACUGCAAAGCAAAAAGGACGGACGGGAAAAUUUAUUUUACAUCUUCACGGAUUAUAUGAUCGACCGAAAUAUUUGGAAAAUCAAAAUUUAAACACGGAUAAUAACAAAAUGAAUAAAAAAAAUGAAUUAAAUACAAUUGACAUUGAUGAUAAAUAUUUUGGAUGUAAAUUUUUACAAAAAUGGAUGCCGUAA